GGGGGCCAUGGCCAGCGUGCAGCAAGGCGAGAAGCAGCUCUUCGAGAAGUUCUGGCGAGGCACCUUCAAAGCCGUGGCCACGCCGCGACCCGAGAGCAUCAUCGUGGCCAGCAUCACCGCCCGCAAGCCGCUGCCCAGUGGGACGCUCAGCUGCCUGCCAUACACUGCAGAGGACAGACGUCCUGAAAAGCUGAGUGGCCGCACAGUCAAGGAGGCCUCCACCGCCAACGGCUGUGCGAAAGGGAAGGACAGACGAGACCAUGCUCGCCACAGAUCACGCAGCCCCUCAUGCGAUGGGGAGCGCACACUGCCACCAGCCCGGGGGAAGAAGAAGAAGAAGAAAUCCGGCCGCAAGAAGCGAAGGAGGUCUCCCUCCUACAGCCCCUCGCCUGUGAAGAAGAAGAAGAAGAAAAGCUCCAAGAAGCGAAAAAGACACAGGUUAUCUUCAAAGAAGAGAAGACACAGUUCUUCAAGCCCCAAAAGUAAGAGAAAGGAAGAAAGAAAACACAAAAAACACUCUCGUGGGCGCACCCGGAAAUCUCAUCGCCAUCGCCACCGCCACUGCCACUCUCGCUCAGAGAGCUCCGGCUCCCACUCCCCCAGCUGCCAAAGCAGGCACAGAGCCAGGUCUCGGGAGGAAGGGCGUAAAACACGGCGAAGACACUCCCGGUACCAUUCAAAGAUCACAGCAAAGCGAAGCUCCUCUGAAGAGGUUCAGGCCAGCCAAAAAGCCAGCCAAACCCUCCCACUCUACAGCUUCCUGUCUCCUAAGGAAGUAAUCUCUCAGUCAGGGUCUUCUGCUGACCUCUUUACCAAAACAGACAGCCCGCCUGGCAUCCUAGCCAGCCAGAACGGAGAGUAUCAUGAAUAUGACUCAGGAAACGAUACUUCCUCCCCUCCCUCCACUCAAACGAGCUCAUCCAGGUCAAAGGACAGCCAGGAGAAAAGAAGUCUAGUCCAUGAUGGCUUUGGCCAUGCCUUCUCGUCCGGGAAGCCCAAACUGGCCAACAGCGAUAACAGCUCUGAUUCAGGAAAUUCCUUCACCAGUUGCUUUUCCCAGACCAAGGGAACAGCUUUGGAAAAUCUGUCUCCAGAUGCCCAGGGACAAGACCGAAGAGGGUGCCUGUCCUUGUGUCUCAGCUGUUCGGAGGAGAAGAAGCGAAACUUCCCCCCGUCCCCAACGCACAGCUCCCCAGUGAGGCCGUGCUCCCGCAGCGAGUCGUACACCAGCACGGGCAGAUCCUCCCCCCACUCCAGUCGCUCCCACUCCUCACACCACAAGGCCUCUCCCAGGUACUCCCGAAGCAGGUCCUGCUCUUCAGGAAAGAGGUCUUCUUCACGUUCCCCCAGCUAUUCCUCCAAAUCCUGCAAAAAAAGUCCUGAGAGCAGGAGUUCAAGGCCUCGUCGGAGCCCCAGUUACUCCCGCUACAGCCCUAGCAGAGACCGUGAGCGAGAGCACAAGUACAGCUCCAGUGAGAAGGAGUCGCACAGGGAGCGUGACCGACAGCGGCGGCGGCGGUCCUAUUCACCCCUGAGGAAACGCCGGAGAGACUCUCCCAGCCACCUCGAAGCUCGGCGCAUCACGAGUGCCCGCAAACGCCCCAUCCCCUACUACCGUCCCAGUCCCUCCUCCUCCAGCAGCGCCAGCAGCUAUUCCUCCUGGUACAGCAGCUUUAGCCGCUCCCCGAGCCGGAGCCGGAGCUACUCCAGUUACCGGACGAGCCGGAGCCGAAGCUGGAGCAGCAGCAGCGCCGAGGGCAGGAGCCGCAGCCGGAGUUCGGGCCCCAGGAGCAGCCGCAGCAGGAGCAGGAGCUGUGACUCAGGAGACAGCUCUGACAGCCUGCGUCGCUAGGGAGUGCCGUGGACGGGCUCGUGUGCUGGCGUCGCCUCCGAAUUCCUGGCAUUCUCCGCUUCCUUCCCACCUACCUGGCCAUCGAUAGCAAUCAUCCCCAAUACUGACGUGGUGGCAGUGCCGGGUGCCCCUUUCCCCAGGUUGGAGUGAGAGCCCUGGUGCGCCCGCUGCAGCCCCCUCGCUGCCUCUCGGAGUGGGUGGGUCAGUCCCAGCUCUCCAGGCCGGGGCUGGAAGAAGGGUCGGUGCUUUACAGGUCCCCAGAGACCUGCUCCAUCCUCCCCGACGUCCCCACCUCCCCAUCGCUGCCGCGCUCCAAAGCACUACCAGCCGGUCCAAAGGAAAGAAUUCAGCUCCUUGCUCUUCUGCCAGUCCAGGAUCCAGCGAAUUAAUUUCUGUUGGAGGGAGAGACCCGGUUAGGGAGGGAUUUGCUGGGAAGCUUUGAUGAUGAGUGGGAGUGACCUGUUCCCACCAAGGCAAAUAUCAGGUCCCCGAGGGUCUCUCCUCCAGAGUUUCUGCCCUCUCUGCAGCAAGCCUCUCCCAUGAGAGAAUAUUUAUUUAUUGCUGGUCAGCCAGUCCCUGCUAUAAAUGGAAGGCUAGAAAUCCCUCCUGACGUAAUUCCUGGGGAUAAAAAAAAACCAUUCCCUCUCUUUCUCCAGUCCUUUCCUACUAGGUAUGCAUCAUCUUUCGCAGGGUUGUUUUAUCCCCACCCCCAGCACUGUGACUUGCUUGCAAACAAACUGCUGAGGUGUGAGGCAGAUGUGGGGUCAGUGGGAUAGAAGGGAGAGGGGAGCCAGUGCCAUGCUGUGCUCCGCGGGUCAGGCCACGGCGUGGGAGGUAGGGGCCAUGGGGUUCCGUUCUCGGGGGAACCCUCUUGCAGUUUGGGUUUAGGUUUUUCUAAAGGGAGCCUUGCUCUUGGAGCGCAGUGCUGGUGGGGCUGCGAGGAGAUAGCCGAGCUGUGGGGUGUAGGGAGACCACGGAGGGUUAAAAGCGCAUCGCUUGAGCCAGGGGACCCCAAUUCCCCUUCCUCCUAACAGGCAGCAAUUUUAAGCGAUGUCAGAGGGAUUCCAGGAAAUCAUUUCUCCUGGAGACCCUCAGGCUCCCCCGAGGCAGGGUUAGCAGCCCCGGUAGCCCCACGGCAGGGCCCGUGCCAGGCUGCAGCAGGAUGCACUCGCGCCCGCCGGUGCAGGGGUGCAGCCAGGACCCCCCACUAAUUGCCCGUUUGUCUGAGGAGCCGCAGGCAGCGGCAGCAGGGCCCUGCCUGCCUGGGCGCCCGCGGCCCUGGGGUUUUGUCUUUCUGCCAGCCCAGCUGCCUGCGCAAUUACUGUGUUUUGCAGGGUAACAAAGGCUUCUCCCAGCACAGGCCGAGCUGGUGCUGAGGAGUUUCUUUCUCUUACAACACCUGGGUGCUUAGAGACGCUAAUUUGGAUUUAAGACUUCCCUCCCUCCCUUUUUCCAUCCCCUCCCCUUCCACCCUGCGUGAUUAUUAAGGAGUUGGGGCUUAAUGAGUCAAGGAGGUGUGUCGAUUAAGUGUCACAGAAAAGAGUUAAGCGGAGCCAGCAUCUGCUGGAGGAGGAGAGGGGGUCGAAAAAAUUGCAACACGCACACACACACCUCCCCAGCUAAAGAGUUACCUACAGCCCCCCUGUCCCGCUGGCAGCAGGUAAAGGUGCAAGGCUGCAAGCGGAGGAAGGCCAAGUGCCAGUGGUGUUCUGGUGGAGCGGGAUGAUCGCCUUAGCAAGCAUAUAAACCUGCUGUCGGCUGGAAAGCGCAGCACCAUGGGGUGUAUUUCCACCUGGGUGGUACGAGGAGAAGUUUUAAGCCAGGGGUCCCUUUUCCCCAGUAUCCUUCCUGCUGCUGGUCCCCCUUGUCCUGUGUCUUCAACCCCCAAAGCCCCCCCUUUUCCCAGCCCUCAUCCCCCGCCUGGCUCUCUGCAGGUGAUUUGAGGAUGAGGGUGGCCGAGGCAGGGAGCUGGGCACUGGUAUGGCCGGUGGCUUGGUGGGGACAUGUGUCCACCUCCUGGGAGGCCACUUUCUAGGACACAGUAAAGGGCGUUCCUGGCAGGGCUGAGCAAAUGCUCUAGGGCUGUGGUUGAGGGAUGAAAGACGGGGUGUUCUUGCAGUGGGGUGCCACUGGCUCCCCUCCUGCGCUGGCCCUGACAGCGGCCCCUUGGCCACCUUCUGCAGCGAACUCCCUUUUCGUAAAGGGCUCAAAACCUCACGCUUCUUCCCCAAAGAGUCUCUCCCGGUUUGAUGCUGAAAUGCCCCGUCCUCCUGUUCCCCGGGCAGGCCCCAAGGCAGCGAUGGGAGCCCAGACCCCACAUCCACCAGUGUCUCAAGCGCAGCCUCGUGCUCCUUAACACCUGCUGACGCACACGUGCACCCGGAGCGGGGAAGCAGCGAGCCGGGAGGUCAAAAACCAGCAAAGACAAGGAGGGGGGCUUCGUGCAACUGGAGUGAAUAUCGAACGCACCACUGGCUUGAGCUCCUCGUGGCUGGGGACGGGUGGCGGAAGCACCGCACCGGGGUCGGCGGCGCCCGCCGCGCGGGGGCCAGGAGGCGCCUCGGAGGGUUGCGCGGGCUGGCGGCAGCUCUCGCACCCUGAUCCGUGCUUCAGGGACUGCCUGCGCUUGGACAGCCCGUGGCAGCCGAACGCUCCCCGAGCAGACUUGCGUUGGAGUAAACCUCUUAACUUAUUUAUUUAUUUAUUAAUUUAUUCUCAUUAUUAUUAUUAUUAUUAUUAUAUUAAUUGUAUGUCAGGAUGGAUGCAGGUGGUCGCUGUUACCAGUAUUUAUUUAUUCUCUUUUUUUUUUUUUUUUUUUCUUUUUGAACAAUAAGUUAUUUUGGGAUCUAUUUGUUUGUUUGAAUGUAUCCAUGCCACUGUUCUCAUGUAAAGGUUUACAGCGCUGGCCCCUCUCGGCCAGGCAGCUGGAGGAGGGGUGACGGUCACUCCUGCUGCCAGCGCGUCCCUUUGUGCUCUCCGGAGCGGGGCAGAGAGCGCCCGAUGGACAGAGGGAUGCAGGGCAGAGCUGUUGGUCUGUUUUCACACUAAAAUCUAGAGUUUCUCAUUAGAUUUGUGCAGGAACGUGGUGGAAGUGACCACAGAAACAGGUCUAGGACCUCACGGAGGUGACGGCAGGGGUCUGCUCGCCAGCCGGCCGGGCGGUGGGGUGUUUGCAGUGCUGCGAGGGGAAGCCUCACCCCGGCCCGUGCUCGCGCCGGCCGGGUGCCAGCUGGCCACCGCUGCUGCUUCCCUUGGCUCCGCAGCCAGUGCCCAACCCGAAACCGAGCUGCUCUGCACAGGCCCCGCUGGUUUUCCUGGGAGGAUGCUGUCGCUAGGACUCCCCCGCCGUGUUUAUCGCUGCGCAAUGACCCACCCAUGGAAAAACGACAGAAAUGAGACCGUGAGAGAGCGAUCCGUGCUGAAGAUGCUUGCAAAACCCAGCCUCUGGUGACAGGACCUAACCAAGUCUGUGUGUGUAUGUGUACGUGUAUGUGUGCACAUGUGCAUAUACGUAUGAGUUUUCCUCAGUGGUGGUGCUUAUUUUUUACCUUAUUUAAAAUUUUUAGUGCAACCUGGAAGAUCACCCUCCCUGUUAGUGGACAGCUGGGUUUUCCAUCCGUUUACGUGAAGCCCGUGAGCUUUUCUGUCUCUGUGCCUUUUGCCAGCGCUUUUUUUUUUUUUUUUUUUUUUUAAAACGUUGUUUCGCCCAUUCGUUGCUUUUAUGGAUUUUUGCUCCGCGUCCAGCAUCUCAGAUUGCUGCUGGCACGCUCUGCAAAGAGCAGCGUUCACCUGGUGGAAAGGCAACUCGGUCGUUUGGGUGUUGGUGAAUCUCUGUUCCCCUCUGGUCAGCUGCAUGGGGAAUGCCCAGGGCCAGCCACAGCCUCGAGGCUUCAGGAAAAUCUCUUGGCCGUUUUUGGGAGGCCCUAUCUCAGAUGGGUUUGCUUUCCUCAAACACAAAGGCUCUUUCCCUCCCACGAUUUUGUUUCCAUCCCGCGAGUGCCCCAGUUGCCUUUCCCUGGCAGAGCACACGUCGCAACACCCGCUCCCAAAUGUCCCUGACACUGGAGUCGUGCCGUCGGCUCUCCCCGCUCCCUGGACCUGCCUUGGCUCUGGGUUUGUCUCACCAAGCGAGUCUCAUCCCACCCCUCCCAAGUCCAGAGCUGGGGCCGGGCUCCAAAAAACCCAACACAAUCUCUGCAGGUUUGCUGGAAAGCAAAGAUAAGGGAUUUUUUAAAGCACUGCUGUGUUCUUUCUUUUCUUCGUGGGUUACAGCACUCGGUUGAGCUUUGCUUUAUGUUGGCUGCAACAUUUCUCAAUGUUUUUGUUGUUUGGGGGGACUGAAUUUGUACCAAACUUGUCUGCAACAGCCAAUCACUGUUAUUUUGCUAUGCAUUGUACAUAUAUUGAACGGGCUGAGAGGAUUUAGCUUCUAUUUAAUAUUUAUUUCUUUUAUUUAUUGAGCAUUACUGUAAAAAAGGCAUUUGGGUCUCGCUGUUAGGUCCAUGAAGGUCGGAGCCUUUGAGAUGUUGCUCUAUACGUUGGAGGGGUUAUCAGAGAGGUGAAUUACUGAGGCUGUCACCUGCUGGCGUGGAGGCAUCUGGCAGACAAAUUAAGCUCAUUUGGAGCUCAACCACCUGUGAUUUAGGGAGGAACCUCAUUUAGAUGGAGAUGAGGAAGGCAGGGGAAAAUCUUCCAUCUUCUUGGACCAGCCUCUACUGGCAAAUCACAACUCCCUGGAAAGGUGCUGGGCGGUCGGAGGCAAUGGGCCAGCUGUGCCCGAGGAAUAACCCUGCUCGUCCUCCUCUGUGCCACGCAGGGCUCCCUGGAUCUCCGGAGAUCCCUGGGGAUCUCUGAUCUCCCACCACUGACCCCCUCCUGGCCCUCAGUGGUUAUUGGGGGAAGGGGGGACUUGUUGCCCUUUCAUCCACAUGAGGAAGGGGACAGGCUUGAAGUGACUUGCCGUGGUCUCUACCAGGAAGCAGGGAUGUCCACCCUGCCCGGUCCUGAGACCCUCAUCCUCAUGCCACGUCCUGCUUCGCCCCCUUCCCCGAGCUUUGUGCCGGAACCAGUAGCUUUGCCCCGGUGUGAGCUCAGGAAAAGUGGCCGGGACAGGACUGGGGAAGUCUCCCCUGUCAUCCCCGACACUGACUAGAGCUCGCCGCAGGCAUCCUCCCCCAGCUUGGAAAAAAGCAUGGGGUGUGCUAAAAAUCACGGCCUGCCCCAGUGUCACCCCACCGAGGCCGCAGCUGGUGUCCUCUUCACCCGAGCGGGAGGUGUUUGUGCUCGGUGGGCAGAGCUGCCCGGGCUGGCGGAGCGCAGACGUGGCCAGCGCUGGGCCGUUCCUGCAGAGCUGCCAGGAGCUGCAGGGUGCUGCUCAGCCUUGGGGCUCGCGGGAUACUUGUUUGAGAAAAGGAUGGAUUCAGGUGCCUAAGCGAAGACUUUGCCCUUUAGUGUCCAGUGGGGUUUUAUUACCUCUUUACCAGGGAAUAAAUAAUUCUCAUGAGUUCUGCUGCUACCUGGAAGUUUGCACAUGACCGGGAGGGUCCCCGAAGCACUGGUACAUCCGCUGUUGUAGCAACAGCUUCACGGUCAAGCACCCCGACUUUUGGGCUAUUGCCUAGAGAACAACACCCUGACCUCACCGGCCCGGGGGCAGCUCUCCGCCUUCGAAACCCAGGGAACGAGAAGAUUGAGAACGAAAGUCAAGACGUGAGAGAAGCUGCGAGGGAAAUGGUGUCUCUGUUUUCUCUCCUGUUGGUCGUUUCCUUACCAAAUGACACCGGCGCAUCUGUUCAUUUUGACUUCAUUGUAAAGCUCCCUUUGCUCUCCAUCGAAAUGCAUACUGUAUUCUUUAGUCUUCCUGGGGUAUUUGAGUUGUUAGCCUGGUUAGAAAAAGGGUUCCAAUAAAGGUUCGGACAGUAUUUCCUUCUCA